AUGGCACUAGGAUUUAUUAGUAAGUCAUCAUAUCCAACUCAAGUGGAUGUAGGUUAUGGCUACUAUAUGGAAUUACUUCGAGGAUCAUUCUUCCAAGAAGAAUGGGAAGAGUAUAAUUUUGUGAAAAGAUGUAAAAUGCAUGAUCUUGCAACACAAGUAGGAGGAACAACAUAUGCCCUUUUAAAAGCAAAUAAAGAAUGUAAUGGUGAUAUCGACGGAAGUACUCGUCAUGUAUCAUUUGAUUGUCAUUUAGAUUCACUACAGCAAAUUCGAAUUGCACGGUCUCCAGCAAGUAAGAUCCGAACAGUUAUUCUGCCUAGACAAUCAUCAAAGAUAACUCAAGGAAGAUCAUGUGAUCAAUCAGUCUGUGAUGAAGUUUUUUCAAGCCAUAAGUCGGCACGUGUCUUGGAUCUUUAUAAUUUUGGGAUUAAGGUAGUGCCAAGAUGUGUAGGUAAACUAAAGCAUUUAAGGCUUCUUACUCUUGGUUGCAAUGAAGAUAUCAAGGCAUUGCCUGAUUGCAUUACCAUGCUAUAUAAUUUGCAAACAUUUAUACUAUAUGGUUGCAAGAAUCUCCAAACAUUGCCAAGAAACAUGGAACGCCUAGUCAACCUCGUAAAUCUAGACACUGAGGACUGCAAAAGUUUGACUCAUAUGCCACAAGGAUUCAAUAAAUUGACUAAGCUUCAGUUUCUAACACACUUUGUAUUGAAGUCCACGUAUAGUGGUGGUGAUCAGAUAGGUUGGUAUUCUGAAGUUGAAAAUGCAGAAUAUGAUAAAAAUCUACCAUUAUAUCUGAAGAAUGUGGACUAUGAAGAAACACUGGAAGGCCUCCAACCACACCAAAACCUAAGGGGAUUGAGUUUAGAAUAUUACGAGGGUGUCAGGUUUUCAAGUUGGCUUCCUUCACUUGCAAAUCUUGAAUAUCUUGAGAUAUUAAACAAUAGGAGUUGCCAAUAUCUGCCGCCAUUUAAUCAAUUCCUUUCUCUCAAGUUAUUGAAGAUAGUCAAAGUGGUUGGUCUGGAGUAUAUUUCAGAAAACUCCUCCAGUUCAUGUACAACAAUACCACUGCCAUCUCUUGAAGCGAUUUACUUUGAGUCAUUGCCCAAUCUAAAGGGAUGGUACUGGAGGGAAGACGAAGAAGGAGGUCAAGCUGAUCAUAGUUCCUCCACAUCAACGAUUUCAUUUCCUCGUCUAUCCGAAUUCAUUGUUUAUGGUUGCCCCAGGUUGACCUUUUUGCCGCUCUCCCCACAUUUAAAAUCUUUGACAGUGGGAAAAAAUAACUGGAAGCCUUUUCAACAGGCAAUAAUGGCGAACAUCGGAAUAUCAUCCUUAUCCUCAUCAUCUUCCUUAUCUUUCUCCAAUUUGACUGAUCUAGGUCUCUAUGAAAUUGAGGACUUGCAAUGUCUUCCUGAAUGGUUUCAAAACCUCACUUCUAUCCAAGUGUUAGUCUUGGCCCGCUGCCACAACUUGAAGUGUUUGUUUCCUGGUAUUCAACAUUUUGUCUCCUCACUUCAAGAAUUAAGAAUUUGUGCAUGUAAUGAACUUGAGAUGUAUGAUUCUGAUGACUUUCCAUGGAACGCCUUUGAAAAUCUUCGUGUACUUCUUUUGAAAGAGCUUUCUGAAAUGGUGAACCUCCCGGAGGGACUUAAACAUGUAAAGAGCUUACAAUAUCUUAAGGUCCAUUACUGUGAAAAUUUGAUUGGGAUUCCAGAUUGGAUAAGAAGCCUCAAAUCCCUCAACGAACUCUCAAUUGAUGGAUGUCCAAAUUUGACAUCACUUCCUGAAGGAAUAAGUCAGCUCACCUCUUUACAAGAGCUAAAGAUUACAUAUUGUUCUGAAAUCUUAUUACGAAAAUGUCGUAGGGGAAAAGGCGAAGAUUGA